GAUGCUGCCAUGCAGCACUACGGGGUGAACGGCUACUCCUUGCACGCCAUGAACUCACUCAGCGCCAUGUACAACCUGCACCAGCAGGCGGCCCAGCAGGCCCAGCACGCCCCUGACUACAGGCCAUCAGUGCAUGCACUCACACUGGCUGAGCGCCUGGCCGGCUGUACAUUUCAAGACAUCAUCUUGGAGGCCCGCUAUGGCUCCCAGCACCGCAAACAGCGUCGCAGCCGCACAGCGUUUACAGCCCAGCAGCUCGAGGCCCUGGAAAAAACCUUUCAGAAGACUCACUACCCAGAUGUGGUGAUGCGUGAGAGGCUGGCCAUGUGCACAAACCUGCCUGAGGCCCGGGUGCAGGUGUGGUUCAAGAACCGCAGGGCCAAGUUCCGGAAGAAGCAGCGCAGCCUGCAGAAAGAACAGCUCCAGAAGCAGAAGGAGACUGAGGGCUCCCAUGAGGAAGGCAACAUUGAGCCAACCCCAGACACUCAGCUGGAGACGGACCAGGCUCCUGGUCUACCCAGUGGUGAUGCCCCUGCUGAGCUUCACCUGAGUCUGUCGGAGCAAUCCGCUAGUGAGUCAGCUCCCGAGGACCAGCUGGACCGUGAGGAGGACCCCCGGGCUGGGGCUGAGGAUCCCAAAGCUGAGAAGAGCCCCGGGGCUGACAACAAGGGUCUGGGCUGCAAGAGGGGCAGCCCCAAGGCAGAUUCCCCUGGCAGCCUGGCCAUCGGUUCUGCUGCCCCCGGAGGCGGACUUCUGGGCCCCUCCCACUCCUAUUCCUCGUCCCCGCUGAGCCUCUUCCGUCUGCAGGAGCAGUUUCGCCAGCACAUGGCGGCCACCAACAACCUGGUUCAUUACUCGUCCUUUGAAGUGGGAGGCCCGACCCCCGCUGCAGCUGCUGUGCCCUACCUGGGUGUCAAUGUGGCCCCGCUGGGCUCCUUGCACUGCCAGUCUUACUACCAGUCCUUGUCUGCGGCCGCCGCUGCCCACCAGGGCGUGUGGGGGUCCCCGCUGCUGCCUGCACCCCCUGCAGGCCUGGCACCAGCCUCUGCUGCCCUGAACAGUAAAACCACCAGCAUCGAGAACCUGCGGCUCCGGGCCAAGCAGCACGCAGCUUCCCUGGGACUUGAUACGCUGCCCAACUGACUGGUCUUCAGCCCAGCCAAGGGUUGUGGGUGACCCCAGCUAGUCCCAUGGUUUUGCCCGGAAGGCUCAAGGAGCCCAGGAUCUGGGGCCUGAGUCUUCUCCCUGUCCUCUUCCUCAGAGCCACAGCCCCAAGUGAAACCUUUGCGCCCUCUGCAUGGCCCUGCUUGGACCCCACGGACGCAGAAUGGGGAGGAGGUGAGGGAAGGCUAGCUUCCCUCUUCAGUGUCGCCUCCUCCCUGCCCCGCCCACGUCCACCCCUAGUAAGUUGAUGUGUGGAAUGUGAGAUAUAAUUAUAAAUAUAUAAAACUAUUUUCAAGCACUACCUGCCCCAGGCCCCUACCCUGCUCCCACUGCUUCUCCCUGCCAGUCUCGCUCUCCCUGCAGCAUCAGCAAUCCCCUGCAGUUUCCCUCCUCUUUAUCUUCCUCUCCCUACCUCUCUCCUGGUCCCAGACUCUCUCUGUCUUCCCCACCCUGAUCUCUCUCCCACAUCUCUUCCUCCUGCCCCUUUGGUGCUGGCUGUGUUGGUGUCAUCAGUUCCGCAGCCGUAUUUUGUUUGGGGUUGUGUUUUUGGUUUUAGUAAUUUCACUUUUUCCUGUUUCUCUCCUCUUCUCCCUCCUGACUUCUUUCCUGCCUGCCUGUCUCCUCCCUUCCCCUGCAUCCUCUUUAGGCAGCUGUUCCAUUCCAUGCCCCAACAGGAAGCCAGGGCCUAUAGAAAGACCUUGGAGCAACAGGCAGGGGUGGUCCUAUCCCCCACUUCCACCCUGACAUCUGGAAGGGGGCAUGAGCCACUUUCUCUUCUCUCCUCAGUUUGGAGACUCAGUUUUCCCACUCCAAGGAGGAGGGACUGGAGGCCGAAGUGGGCAGUAAGAUGACCAGUGUCCCUGCCUGUAUCUCCUCCAAGGCCUGUGUUCACCCCGGUCUGACCAGUGCUCUAAUGCCCUCUUUCAUAUGAUUUUCCUGGUUGUAGGAAAGCGGUAGGAAAGAGGUACUCACAGAGAGAACUGGCAUGGUGUUCCUCUCUUGGAGGCUCCUGGCCUCCAAGUUCAGCAAUUUCUGUGCUUCUUUGGAGUGUGUCUGAGCCAGGAAUGUCAGUUGAACUCAGGACUCUGAUCACAGUGAGUACAAACCACACAGCAAUGAGCACUUUCAAGCUUCUGUUGGCUUCUUGUUCCCAAACCAACAGGGGAAAUAGGGGCUUCUGUCAAGCUACUCAUCAGCGUAGAAAGGCAUGUUCCUGUUGUGACCAGCAACCCAGCUCAGCAGAGCCCCUUUCGUAGAGAUGUGACCUUGGACAAGCCCAAAGCCUCUCUGGGACCAUGUCCCCAUCUGCACUAGCUAGCCUGUAAGAUCCUGUUCAACAUUCUGCAUUCUGUGCUUACAACCUCAAAGGAUAGAAGUUUUUAGUUAAAUCUAAGCAUAACAACUACAACAAAAUGUUCUGAAUAUAUAAAUUGGAAAAUUGCUGUUGAUUUACAGUGGAGCGAUGAGUACUGUACACAGGAACCUGUCUACUGACACAGCCUAAGUUUUCCAGUAAGUGUAAGUGUAAGUUUCCUUUCUAGUUCAGACAAUCGGGAUUUGUCCUGCUUUUCCUGAGUUCUAGUGCCAGCUCCUGGAGUCACCCUAGUUCUAUACUCAUGGUCAAGGGGGAAGGGAGUGGCUUGGACAGAUAUUUCCUGGUCAUCAUCCCUAACUCUUCGUGGCUCACCACUGGACCUUCUGCCCCUUGCUUAGAGAAAUUGAGUGCCAGGUCAUGGUUCCUAAAGUUUGUCUUCCCCCCAUGGGCACCCUGAUAGGAUUAGCUUACAGGGCAGUCAAUGCCCAUCAUUGGAGGUCAGUCUAGGUUGAUGCAGAUGGAAGAAGCUUUGGGCAGGAAAAAUGAGGCAGGUGGAGGUGUGGACCAGGAAAACCAUUUGAACAAAUCAGUAAAAAUGAGACUAAGUGGGCCGUGGGGUUGAGGGGCCUAGUGUCCAGGCUAAAGAGCCCAUCUUCUUGUGGCAAGUGUGCACAAGGGUUUCUGAACUGAUGUCUUGCUGAGAUCUGAAAUCCAAAGCCAUGUGAGCAUCAGAGAAGGAGACCUAGGUAGGGGAUGGGAGGGUAGCAAAUACUAUGGGAGACACAGAAGGUGUUUUUCAUUUGGAACCAGUUCUGUGGCUGUUGGCCCGUUGGUUGAUUAUCUUUUGUGGUCAGCUCCAGGACAUUCUGUUUCCAAAACAAACAAACAAACAAACAAACAAACAAAAAAUAUCAUCUAGACCAGGUAUGGAGCAGAAGCUUCUUGUCUGUCCAAAUGACUAUUGCUAGGCCUUGGAAUCUAACAGCCCUAAACAUCACUUCCUGAUCACCUGGGAGGCAAGUCUACCUGUCGCUAUGUCUUACUGUGGCAGCAGCUCUGCCCCUUUUAGGCUCAUCCCCUCCCCUUAAGGUCUUUGUCAACUUUUCUGCCACCAGUGGAUCCAAACCCAUGAACCUGGAGAAAGGCAGGGAAGGUGCAUGUGGUUCUGGCCUUUGGGGAGUCUCAAGCGAGUUUAGAACACCAGCCUGAAAGCAGAAGGAGAGAAGGAGAGGAUGGCCUUGUAGGAGGUAACUAUGGGGGUCCUUGACACGAGGAGUCAGAGGACACGACCCUGGAGCCUCCUGUCCAGGCCUGCUGGGCCUCUCUGAGGGCUCAAGCCCCAGCUCUCCCUUCCAGGAACUCUCAUGCCACUCUGCUCCGUUCUUCUAGAGGUCGCCUAUUUCCUGCUUCCCUGUUCUCCUGGAGGGUGUUCCAGGGGCCUGGGUCCCCACCUCAACUCCUAAGGCUGUUGUUCUGUACAGACUGCUUUCAAACCAGCUGUUUUGUGACCAUAUGUGUUUUGAGGUUGUGCCAGCCUGUGGCAAAACACUGUGUGCUGUAUUUAUUUAUUCUGUUAGCUGAAGAAACAAAACUCAAACCAUCCCCUUCCCCUUGUCCUGCGCCCUGCAUAGUGCAGCAUGAUACUCAGUCCCUUGUAUCUGUCUGUUUGUCUGUCUUACUUCCUGUGGUGUUGUGACCUGUUCUUUGUCCUACUUGGCUAAUAAAAGAUAACCUGGUAGCCCA